AUGGACACAACCAGCCUCUCGUUGCGGCUAUCCACCCUCGCGCAUAUUGUGGGCACGUCGACCGAGGGGGCUGUGCUGGCUCGACUGCGCACCGUCGCUGGCGCGCUCGACGACGUGCCCGACGCUUCGGUGCGGUUUCUCGUCCAGCACUGGCCCGAGUACGAUGCGCACCUCCAACCCCUCCCCCCGCCCGCUGUAGACGCACAACACGCAGUGCAUGCACUCCAACUGCACGAAGAGCUGGCGACAGCCUACCGCGAGAUCAGCGAGAUCGCCGCAUUGCAAGCUGUAUUGGAUGGUACAGCGAAUAAGGCACUCGCAA